CAAACAUUCCUCGAAUUAUAAUAUCGAGUUUGAGCUUGGACAGACUUUCAAACACUCUCAUACGAGCCUCUGUAAACUUCCAACGAUGAUCCUUUUCUAUUCUUUGGAUAUACUUUGUUAGUAUCUCUAUUUCCACUAAAUCUCCCGUUCCACGCACCUCAAUCAGGAAUCAUGCCGUCACAGCCAGCAACAUCCUCUAUCAGUGCCACUUCACUCGGUGACGAGAAUCAUGACUCAAAGAAGGUUGCAAUUAUCGGCAGUGGUUGCGCAGGACUUGGCGCAUUAUGGGCUUUGAAUCGCACUCACCACGAUGUAUACAUCUAUGAAGCUGCAGAUCGAUUGGGCGGCCAUACCAACACAGUCGAGUUCAAAAAGGGAAAGGCAAAGACUAUGGUAGAUACUGGCUUUAUUGUUCUCAAUACUGCCACUUAUCCCAAUUUCAUAGCUUUCCUGAAAGCUAUAAAAGUACCUACGGUUCCGACCGAGAUGACCUUUGGAGUUUCGCGAGACCAGGGAACAUUCGAAUGGGCAGGAACCUCUCUAUCUGCCGUCUUUGCACAACGGAAGAACAUCUUCUUCCCCCGACUCUGGCGGAUGAUAUUCGACAUAAUACGCUUCAACCAAUUUGCACUGGAUCUGCUGAAAGAGGAAGAGAAGAGUGAAGAAUUUACAAUGGAGAUCAAUGGCAACGGGAACGGCAAUGGAAGCCACAUCCAUCAUGCGAAGAAGCAAGAGACAAUUGGAGAAUAUCUCGAUCGAGAAGGAUACUCAGACGCAUUCCGAGACGACUAUCUAAUUCCAAUGGCCGCGGCCGUCUGGAGCACAAGUCCCGACAAAUGUUCUCUCGAGUUCCCUGCAAUUACUCUAGUCAGAUUCAUGUGGAAUCAUCAUCUUCUAAGCACUGUUGCUACGAGACCAUCAUGGCUUACCAUCCGGGACGGAGCCAAAGCCUAUGUUGAUGCCAUUAUGAAAGGUUUCCCACCGAACCACAUCUUCCUCAACACCCAUGUCGAGUCAGUGACCAAUGACGAUGACGGUCGUGUGCGAGUCCACCUCGAGAGUGGCAAGUCUGAAGUGUACGACCACGUCAUUAUUGCAACUCACGGUGACCAAGCUCAUGCUCUGGUUCUACCAGAAGCCGACCACGAAGAGAAAGAUGUCUUGUCUGGUUUCAAUACUAGCAAGAAUACUGCUAUCCUCCACUCGGAUCUGUCCCUGAUGCCGAGGUCGAGGAAAGCUUGGUCUUCAUGGAAUUAUAUCACCAAGUCUACUGGGUACUCGAACAAUGUGGAUCAAGUAUGCCUCACUUACAACAUGAACAUUCUACAACACAUCCAGCCGGAAACCUUUGGAGACGUCCUCGUGACACUGAAUCCACUCCAUGAGCCCGACCCAGCACUGGUACAAGGCCGAUAUUCAUACUCGCAUCCCCUCUACAACGCGCAGUCCAUCCGCUCGCAAAGCCUACUGCCACGGAUACAGAAUACGCGGGGUAUAAGCUACUGCGGUGCGUGGACGAAAUAUGGCUUCCAUGAAGAUGGUUUCUCUAGUGGUAUUAAAGUUGCACAAGAUCAUCUUGGUGCCCAACUACCUUUCAAAUUCAGAGAUAGCACUUUCAGCAGAGGGAAAAGACCUGUUCUCGGUCUAGCAGAUCUGCUUCUAAGAGCUUUAAUAAUGCUUAUUCAACUCUUCAUUGUUAUAAUAGAGCGGAUCUUCCGUGUUGAGAGGGGACCACGGAACGAGACACCGUUGAAGAAGGGACACAAGAAAGUGCAGUGAGAAGUACGGCAUGCAUGGUAUAUGGAGUUUUGAGCGAUUUGUUUUUCUCGGAUGAAUGACGAUUCACGACCUGUAGGUUGUUAGCGCAAAACUUUUCCAUGUCCUAAUAAGAGUCACUAUCUCAGCACAGUGAAUGUGCUCAACGAAGGUCAUUUACUAUGCCAUCUCAAAAAGUCCUCAAUCUUCACAGAUUAUGAAAUGGACGGAAUGUCUCGCUCUCGCCACCGGCAUAUUCUUCACACAAUGUCUGUCCCGGUCUAGAAAUUAUCAAGCUGUGAAAGUACGAUUU